GUUGUAUUAGCUUACAAAGGCAUGUUUUUAUGUUUUUUAUUUUAUGUGUUAUGUUAACCAAGCCACAAUGACCUGGUCAAAAUAUGUUUUUGACUAGCUGGUCUGUCAGUUGCAGUUGCUAACGUUAGCCAGAAGUCGCUGUGUCAGCAGUUAUUAAGCUACGGAGCUCUGCAGAAAUCACGGCAACGGCUUGGUGAGCAGAGAAUACCCUUAACCUGAAUGAGUCAUGGCCCAAUUCGGGGGACAGAAGAAUCCGCCGUGGGCCACGCAGUUUGCUGCCACAGCGGUGUCCCAGCCGGGUCACUCGGGACAGCCUCUUGACCUGAAUAGCUUGCAUUCUCUUGGAGUGCAGCAGCCAUCUCUAUUGGGAGCAUCUCCCUCUGUUUACUCUCAACAGUCAGCCUUGGCUGCAGCCUCUCUCAGCAACCAGUCUGCUGCAAACUAUCAGCUGUCUCAGCAAACUGCUGCCUUGCAGCAGCAAGCUGCAGCAGCUGCUGCAGCAGCACUACAGCAGUCUCAGCUUAAUUCAGCCCUCCAGCAGUAUCAGCAGCAGCAGCAGCAGCAGCAACAGCAACAGCAGCAACAACAUCAACAACAACAUCAUCAACAACAACAACAACAACAUCAACAUCAGCAGCAACAUCAACAACAGCAGCAGCAACCCCCUCCACAGCAACUGUACAAUGUUCCUCAUCAGCUUCCACAGCCUCAACAGGCACUGAUCCCUCAGCCCCCCGUCGCUUUGCCCACCAGCCUCAGCUUGUCCAACCCGCAGCAGACAGCCCAGAUAACGGUUUCUUACCCAACACCACGUUCAAGCCACCAACAGCAGACGCAGCCUCAGAAGCAGCGAGUCUUCACUGGUGUCGUCAACAAGCUACAUGACACAUUCGGCUUUGUAGAUGAAGAUGUCUUCUUUCAGCUAAGUGCUGUAAAGGGGAAGACUCCUCAGGUGGGGGACAGGGUCCUAGUGGAAGCGGUGUACAACCCAAACAUGCCCUUCAAGUGGAACGCCCAGCGCAUCCAGACCUUACCUCAGCUAUCAAACCAGUCGCAGCAGCAGCAUCAGCAGCAGCCUUUACCUCAAGCUUCCCCACAGCUCGGAAACCUUUACAAUGAGCCAGGGAUGCAGCUGCGCUACUCAGACAUGCACUCCUCUUUGGACCACAGACAAAAUAGCCAGCCUCAACCUCCUAACAUGAUGAAGACAGCCCCCAACAUGCUACAGUCGAUGCCUCCCCCGAACACAUACAUUCAGACCCAGGCUCCCCCCCCUUCCCUCCUGCAAGCCCAGCUCUCCGCUGCCUCUCUGGCUCCUCUCCUCCAAAACCCUCCUCAGUCUCUGCUGCCACAGCCCCCACCCAAAGAUGUGUUUAGCGCUGGUCUGCUUCAGCCCCCAGUGAGAAUGAUGCCGCAGCCUGUCCGACGCAUCGAGCCUCCACCGCGGUUCCCCAAUCGCAACGAUCGAGGCCCUGAGCUCAUCCUCAGGACUAAAGAGGAACGCAGUGUUUUUAUACAUCAAUUUCAUAGUCGAGACAGAGACCGCGAGCGGCGGCGAUCGAGAGAACGCUCGCCCACACGCAAACGCUCCAGAGAUCGCUCUCCCAGACGGGAACGCUCACCUCGACGCCCGCGCAGGGUCGUGCCUCGCUACACCGUCCAGUUUUCCAAGUUCAGCUUGGAUGGAUCCAGCUGUGACCUGAUGGAGCUGAGAAGGCGCUAUCAGAGCCUCUACAUUCCUAGCGACUUCUAUAAUGCCGUUUUCACCUGGGUGGAUGCCUUCCCAGUGACGAGACCCUUCCAGAAUAAUAAUGCCUGUAACUUCCACAUCUUACACAAAGAGGUGGACCCUCUAGUCAAGAAUACAGCUGUGCUAGACCCUCCUGAUGCCAACCACACCUACAGUGCUAAGGUGAUGCUGCUGGCUAACCCCGGUAUUGAGGAGCUCUAUCACAAGUCCUGUGCUCUGGCAGAGGACCCGCAGGAAGUCAAAGACUCUUUCCAACACCCUGCUAGACUCAUUAAGUUUUUGGUGGGCAUGAGAGGUAAAGAUGAGGCCAUGGCCAUUGGUGGUCACUGGUCUCCCUCUCUGGACGGAGCCGACCCAGAAAAGGAUCCCUCAGUCCUUAUAAAGACAGCCAUACGCUGUUGCAAGGCACUCACAGGCAUAGAUCUUAGUCUGUGCACUCAGUGGUAUCGUUUUGCAGAGAUUCGCUAUCACCGGCCGGAGGAGACUCACAAGGGGCGGACAGUCCCUGCUCAUGUGGAGACAGUGGUUUUGUUUCUUCCGGAUGUUUGGCAUUGUCUUCCUACCCGCUCAGAGUGGGAGGUGCUGUCACGGCGACUCCGGGAGCAGCUGGCUGAGAAGCUGUCGGCCGAGCGAAAGGAGGCGGAUGGAGAACAGGAGGAAGAGGAGAAGGAUGGGGAAGAAGCGGCUGAUGUUAGUAACCCCACUCACUGGGCUAAACUUGACCCGAAAUCAAUGAAGGUAAAUGACCUGCGCAAAGAGCUCGAUUGUCGCUCUCUAAGCUCGAAGGGGUUAAAGUCGCAGCUGAUCGCCCGCCUCACCAAGCAGCUGAAGGUGGAGGAGCAGGUGGAGGAGUCCAAGGAGCCUGAGAAACCGGAGGUCAAAGUAGCUGAGGAAGAGGAGCCAUCUCGCCCUGAGGAUGACCGAGAGGAGGAGGAAAAGAAGAAGCUGGAGGAGCUGGAGCGGCAGCGCAGAGAAAGGCGCUACAUCCUCCCCGAUGAGCCCACCAUCAUCGUGCACCCAAACUGGGCCGCCAAGAACGGCAAAUUUGACUGCAGCGUCAUGUCUCUGAGCGUGCUGCUGGACUACAGACUGGAAGACAACAAGGAGCACUCCUUUGAGGUUUCCCUAUUUGCUGAGCUGUUCAACGAGAUGCUACAGAGAGAUUUUGGCUACCGCAUUUAUAAAGUCCUGGCUGCUUUUCCUACCAAAGAUGAAAAGAAGGAAAAGGAGAAGAAAGCCAAAAAGGAAGUGGAGAAGCGUGAAUCAAAGAAGGAUAAAGAAGAGGAGACUGAAGAGCCAGCAGUGAAGAAGACUAAAGAGGAAGAGGAGGAGAAGAAAAAGUCUGAUGAAAAGACUGUGAAAAAGGAGCCGUCUCGAGAUGAAGAGGAGAUUGAGGAUGAUGGCAGCACGAAUAAUGCUGAAGAAUAUGACCCCAUGGAGGCUGAAGAUGCAGAGGAUGACGAUGAUGAUGAUAAGGACGAUGAAGACUCCAAUGACAGAGACAGAAAAGACCGCAAGGAUGACCGCAAGUCGUCUAAAGAAAGAUCCUCUAAAGACAAGGAGAAGAAGCUGAUGGUCACAUACAACAAAGAGCUGCUGAUGGCGUUUGUUUACUUCGACCAGAGCCACUGUGGCUAUCUGCUGGAGAGAGACCUGGAGGAGAUCCUGUACACUCUGGGCCUGCACCUCUCUCGAGCUCAGAUUAAGAAGCUGUUGAAUAAGCCGGUGGUCAGAGAGUCUUGUCACUACCGCAAACUGACGGACAGGGGGAAGGACGAGCCCACCCCCACCUUCAGUGAAGCCCAGAUAGAAAACCUCACAGGUAACCAAGCUCUACUUCCUGCUCCUAAGACCCGUGUGCAGUCUGAGCCCAGUGAGUCUGGUAAUCUGAUCGUGUUCAACGGAGCCAUGGUGGACAUCGCCAGCAUGAUGCAGAAACUGGAGAAGAGUGAGAAAGCACGAGAGGAAAUAGAACAAAAGCUCUUGGUGCUGGAUGCCAAAAUGGGGGAAGAUGGGAAGGUGAAAGCUCAGGUGGAGGAGGCCAACAGAGCGUUGUCCCGGGAGCUGGAGGAGGUGAAGGGCUCCCUGAGCCAGACGGAGCAGACCCUGAAGGCAGCGGAGGAGCAGAAGAGCCUCUUCCACCAGCAGCUGAGCGACACCUCCAACACACUGACGGCCACCGUCAAAGACCUGCUGGCUGUGCUGAAAAAGGAUCCAGAAGUAGAGGAGCCUGCUGAGGAAGUUGCUGCCGAUCAAGUUCAGACGUCUCAAACUAACGGCUCUGAUGAAUGAGUGACACAUUUAAGAUAAAAUAAGCUAAUCUGUAACACUGAUUAUUCUUAAAAACUGUAAAUAUUCAACAAGCAUAGGUUGUUCUAUUCGGACCUAUUGUCUCCAAAGUUCAUGUGUUAUUAAAUCCAAUAAUUAAUUUGUCCUCGGGUUCUUUGUACAAUAGAUUCGUUUUAGAGUUACUUUUCUUUCAUAGUCAUUUGAUCCGUGACAAAGCUUAUUUCCACAGUUUAAAAUAAGUUGAGUUCGGUUGCUAACAUUUCUUUUUGCUAUUUUCUUUAGCUUCGUUAUGGCCAAUGAAAUGAUUAGUUGUAGAUUUAAAUGCCAGUUUGUGUGAGCUGAUCUUUGUUUUUCUAAUGAGCAAUAAUGAUGCUAUUUAUGUGCGAGAGAAUUCAUUGAAACUACUAUAACAAUAUAUUUAAUAGAAACACAUUUUGGAUGGAAAAGGGGUUCCACUUAGUUCAGACAGAAUCUCUUGGUUUGUCAUUCCCGCUGUUUAACAUCGACUGUCCAAUAAACCCAUUUGGUUUGUAGUUCUUGUUUAACUGGUUUCUGCUGGAGUCUCCUCCCACACGGCUAUGCAUGGUUCCUGCUUCUCGUGGACCUCUGCUGUCAACUGUACUCACCGAAUAAUGCACUCGUUCUGUUUUACUGUGACGAGCGUCUGCAUUGUUUUCUAAGAAAGUCAACUUCAAAUGAACCAAAAGAGGAGCUCGACGAAUGUGUGUUCUGCUAAAGUGUACUAAACCCUUGAAAUUCAUCUCUGAACUUGUGUGGCUUGGGUUGUUCUAGCAAGGAUGCAAAUUACAUUCAAAUGUGCUACAAAGCAGGCCAUUUUAUUUUUCUAUUGGAUGUACUGUAUGGAUGUGUUGUGCAAGAGUAAAGUGGUCCAUUUUAACACACAACAAUGUUUCUGGGCUUUUGUUUUAAUGUCACCACUUACCUGUGAUUUGCCAACUAUCAACAUAAUUACUGUGAACGGAUUAAAUCAGGAGGAAAAACUG